AUGGGCGUCCAUGAGCUGUGGUCCAUUUUGGGACCGGUGCGGGAGUCCGUGCCCCUGUACAGCCUCGCGGGAAAGACUCUGGCGGUUGACCUCAGUCUGUGGGUGUGCGAGGCCCAGCAUGUCCAGGGGAUGAUGGGAAAAGUCACCAAGCCGCAUCUCAGAAACCUGUUUUUUCGGGUGUCCUCUCUGACUCUGAUGGGCGUGAGGCUGGUUUUUGUCAUGGAAGGUGAAGCUCCCGAGAUCAAAGCUGAGACCAUUCAGAGGAGGGUGGCAGCCAGUUAUGGAGGCGUCAAAGUCAGUGGAUCUAAAGCAAGAGCCAAUCAGAGUACAGGGAGGAGCCGCUUUAAGGCGGUGCUCCGGGAGUGUGCUGAUAUGCUGGACUGCCUGGGUGUGCCGUGGGUGACGGCUGCAGGGGAAGCAGAGGCGAUGUGUGCGUUUCUGGACGCACACCGUUUCGUAGACGGCUGCAUCACCAACGACGGAGACGCCUUUCUGUAUGGUGCUCGCACUGUCUACCGAAACUUCAACAUGACCACAAAGGACCCCCAGGUGGACUGUUAUAGGAUGAGCAGGGUGGAGGCGGAGCUAACCCUGUGUCGGGAGACGCUAGUGGGUGUGGCCAUUCUCCUCGGCUGUGACUACAUGCCUAAGGGUGUUGCUGGCGUCGGGAAAGAGCAGACGCUGAAGUUAAUACAGAGUUUAAAAGGACGAUCACUGCUUCAGAAGUUCAGUGAGUGGGAGAGUGCAGACAGUGGGUUACAGGCUGAUGCUGUGAAGAAGGUGACACACUGUCGUGUGUGUCGACAUCCAGGUUCUGCUAAGGCCCAUGAGUGUGGUGGCUGUGUGUUCUGUGGUAGUACACGGUUCUGCCUGCCUCAGGACUACGAUUCCCAGUGUCCCUGUGACUGGCACCGUGGGGAACAGCUACGCCAGGCCUGCACCGUCGAAGCCAACGUCAGGAAGAAAACGCUGGCCUGCAACCGAUUCCCCUUUACUGAAAUCAUCCAUGAAUUUCUGGUAACAAAAGACAAACCUGUAGACACUAGAAGGAGGCGAAAACCAAACCUUCUCUUAAUGCAGAACUUCGCCCUGAGUAAGAUGGAGUGGCCAAAACACUACACGAGUGAAAAGGUUUUACCGCUGAUCACAUACACAGAGCAGAUAAACAGGAAAGACGCCAGAGAGACCUCCUCACAAAUACAACCAAUUCGGAUCCAUAAGCCCCGUGUGAGGAAUGGAAUUGCCUCGUUUGAGGUUGUCUGGAAGAAACCAGAUCACUACGUGUUUCCUGAGGACACGGCGCUGGACGGUGAGGACGGUGUGAGGACUGUGGAGGAGGAGGCGCUGUUCUGUCUGGCGUAUCCAGACGUCGUGGAGCAGUUCCACAGACAGCGAGAGGAAACGGAAAAGAGCAAAAAUAAAAAGAAGAGACCACACACCAGGAAGGAGAAACCAGGUGACGUGUGUGAUACCGUCUCAGAUCUGCUUGAGCGGAUGACCAUUCAGCCCCGCCCUGCUACAGACACCGCCGCGUCCUCCACGGCCGUCUCCUCAGUGUCCUCCACGGCCGUCUCCUCAGUGUCCUCCACAACUGUCUCCUCAGCAUCCUCCACGACCGUCUCCUCAGCGUCCUCCACGACCGUCUCCUCAGCGUCCUCCACGACCGUCUCCUCAGUGUCCUCCAGGGCCGUCUCCUCAGUGUCCUCCAUGGCUGUCUCCUCAGUGUCCUCCACGGCUGUGUCCUCAGUGUCCUCCACGGCCGUGUCCUCAGUGUCCUCCACAACUGUCUCCUCAGCGUCCUCCUCGGCCGUGUCCUCAGUGUCCUCCACGACUGUCUCCUCAGUGUCCUCCACAGCUGUGUCCUCAGUGUCCUCCAUGACUGUCUCUUCUCGACACACUGUGCACGCUGCCACAAAGGCUUUUGUCUCAGUCACGGAAAACCUCUUAGAUUCUCCUAAAAGUGAUUUCCCUUCAUCUGCAGUUCUGUUGGGUUCGGACUCUUGUCUCAUGGCCCGUGACAGUGUGCUGGAUUCUGCCUCGUCACCGUGCACAUCUGCACUGAAACCGCAGAACCAGACCAACCCGUCUGUGUCCACACUGAUAGACCAGUUACAUCUGAGCAAUAUUGACUGGGAAAGCUCAUCUUUUACCUCCUCCCCACAGGUGGGAGUACUGUCCAAGAAGGCUGAUUCCAGAUCAGUGAAGAGAGCAGAAGAGAAAAAUGUGAGCUCUGGUCCUUCAGAUGAUCUGAGAUCAGUUUCUGGCAGGGCAGAAAAGCUGCAGACAGCAGAGAGUGUCUUAGAGUGCCCACUGUGGGAGAGAAUCUCCAUUCGACACGCAGUUAAAUCUACUGGUCAUUUUGAGCCUUGUGCUGAUGAUGUCACAAAGCUCAGUGACCAAUUAAAACUGCCGAGGGCAGCCCAGUGCGCUGACACUAGUCCACUGGUGACUGUCUGUGCUAAAGCUGAAGGUCACAGCAGCAGUUCACAGGCAGAGUCUCAGGAUCUGGUCCGUAAAGCUCCUGUCUGUGGUCAGGAUCUGGUCCAUAAAGCUCCUGUCUGUGGUCAGGAUCUGGUCCAUAAAGCUCCUGUCUGUGGUCGGGAUCAGACGGACAGUGGCACUGCUCUCAGAGUGCCGCUGUCUGUCACUGAGACACGCUCAGAUGUUUCAGCCGCACCGAAGGCUAAGGAGAACAACCCUGGACAGCCCAAAUACACAUCUGUAAAAACCAAAAACAACCCUGGACAGCCCAAACACACAUCUGUAAAACAACCCAAAAUCAUCCCUCUCUCGUCUAACAUGGCCCAAAGGGUCAACGCUGAUGUAGUUCAGAGAAAAUCAUCUGAGAGUUGGAGUCUGACAGCAGAGCGAAUGGUGAAGCUGAGUGUGUGUGUAAGCGUGGCAUGUUCCAGUGAGGACAGUGAUGUGGAGCAGCCUCUGAGGCCUGUGAGGAGGAAGACCAAGCCCAAACUGAAGUGUCAAUCAAAACCAGCCUCUCCUGGCCAAGCGUCAGUCAGCCGGCGCCAGGCUGUGUGCGCUGAGAGUAAACACAGUGUUACGGAAACAACGCCACCCCCAGAGCCGCAAGUCAAAACGCAGGAGUCAGAUGUGUGUGAGAGCAGUCCCCUGCCCCUCGCACAGAGAGUCAGACUCCGAACAGUCCAGUGA